UUCAAAUUACAGAAUUCAUUUAGAUUUUUAUUAAUGCCAUACACAUUGAUUUGAUGGGUAAUUCAAUAAUAAAUGCAUAGAUUUCGUCAUAAGUUCAUUAAAUUCUGAACAUGGAAUGAAUGUUCAACAUGGUCAAAAUACCUAAACAACGAUUGAAUGCUCUCAAGUUUUGAAAAAUUAAUCGAGUAAGUAGGUAAGGCAAUAUGAUACCUAUUACUUACAUCGCGGAUAUUUACCCAUCAAUUUAUAUUACAAUGAAAAAUAUUUUGAACUUCCUCCCUCCCUCUCAUCCUCAUACUAUUCCACGCGCAACACCCUUCUUUAUACUACCUACUACCUAGUCAACGAUAAACUAAUUAGGCAAUUGAAAAAACCACACCAUCGUAAAAUUAAAUUUGUCCAAAAAAAAACAACAAUAUACUCGUAAUAUAAACGAUAUAAAAGUGAAAUCGAUUUUAGCGCAUGUUCGUCAUAAAAAACACCCCUUUAACCACCGGAAACCAUUCGCACUAGCAGACGAAUUUUCACAAAGAUGGAAAUAAAAUACAUUAUAGCUAAAUUUUACGUAUGAAAAGAAUUAAUUUCUCUCGCUUGCCUAAUAAAAUAGUACAUUUUUAGAAUUUUAAACAGAUAUAGGUGACAAACGUUUAUAACUAGGUUGAGGAUUUAAUAAACACAUAAAAAUACGAACGAAGGUUGCAAGCAACUAGCAGUGAUUUCUUCCAGUCCCUGUCAUCCUCUUAGUAAUAUUUUGCAAACUGCUACUAUGUCGUCGUGUCUUGUUUCGCUUUUUAUCUAUUAAAUUCUGAAAUCCUAGUACGGUUAUAAUACUUUUACUUUUUUUUUUUUUUGAGUAAUUGAAAUUUGUGAUGUGUUGAGAGUGAGUCUGAGUACCUGAAUCAUAAUGUAUGGCAUGUUAUUGGAAAGUGUUCAAUAUUUCAUUCAGAUGAAAUAUGGAGAGAAAAUAUGGAACAGUGUAUUAAAAGAAACUGGAUGUAAAUAUGUGGUAUUCAAUACUCAUCAAAUGUAUCCCGACGAACUGAUGCCUAGCUUAGCUGCCAAUUGCGCCAAAAUAAUAAAUAAUAAUUCGACAGCAGAUGAUUUUAUGUUCUACUUCGGGCAAUGUUUCGUUCGAUACCUGUCUAAUUUUGGUUACAGUUACGAUGAACCUAUCCGUGCUACCGGUAGGCAUUUUUUGGAUUUUUUAAAAAAUGUCGAUAAUUUACAUCUGCAAAUGAGAUUCUCGUAUCCCAAAAUGAAGAGUCCUUCUAUGUAUAUUACGAAUUUUGACGAAAAUGGAGCCGAAUUGGUGUAUAGGAGUACAAGAAAAGGAUUCACUCAUUAUUUUACAGGCCAAGUUACCCAGAUAGCAGAAGAACUGUACAACACCUUGAUUAAAAUCACCGUGCUCGAAGAAGGUCACGUCGAAUCAUCGCCUCAAAAAAUCAUAGUUAGAUUUCGUUUAGAUUUCGAUAACCGGCAGUACCUAGCUACACGAAUCAAUUCGCAAACAAUAAACCGAAAACUAGAUCCAGUCCCAUGCAGCGUUCUUCUGAAAUUAUUUCCAUUCGGUUUUAUGGCCAAUAAAGAUCUCAUCAUAACAGGAAUAGGAGAAAAAUUAUACCAAGUCUAUGGAUCCAAAACACUGAUAGGCAAACCAUUUUCCGAAUGUUUUAGAUUGAGAAGACCCAAAGGUAUUCCUUUUACAUGGAAUAACAUCAAGUUCCUAACUUGUAUUACAUUUGAAAUAGAAGUCCUACGUAACAUGAUGGGUCGUAUAACUGCUCCACCGCCUAAAAAAAAUGUCGAAAAAAUUGGUCGUGGAGUGGUCAUCAAACCAUCUGAAAUUACAGCUUCUUUAGAUCGUAGAGUAAGCCACGGUACGAAAAGUAUUCUCCUCAAGGGUCAACUUCUGUACGUACCGGAUACCGAGAUAAUUGUAUUUCUAUGUAGUCCUGUAGUAAACAAUGUUGACGAAUUACAAUACGCUGGUCUGUAUCUGAAUGAUUUCAAUUUACAUGGUCUAAGUAGGGAAUUAGUUUUAGCUGGAUGGCAACACUGUUCCAAAUUAGAACUGAUGUGCGAGCGAGCAGAACAAAGAUCUCAAGAACUGGAAAAAAAUCACGAACUACUCGAUUGGUGGAAAAAACAAGGUGAUGACUUGCUAUACUCGAUGAUACCUAAAUCAAUAGCGCAUUUACUACAGAACGAAAAAUCCUAUUUGAAUACGUGUACUAAUUGUGAGAUGGUUUCGGUAAUGUUUUGCGAAGUGGUUGAAUUAGGAUCAACUAGCACAAUGCAGGGCGUAAUGGACGUAAUAAAUUGUAUGAACGCUGUGUUCACCUGUUUCGAUACUCUUACCGACCGCUUUGAUGUGUACAAAGUCGAAACUGUCGGUGACGUGUAUAUGGCUGUCAGCGGAGCACCCGAAUACACCGAACAUCAUGCUCAAAAUGUUGUCGAUUUGAGUAUUUGUUUUAUACAAGAGGUUCAUAAUUUGAAAGUACCAUCGGCAGUUACCAUAGAAAUUAGAAUAGGAAUUCAUUCUGGGCCAGUCGCUGCUGGUGUUGUGGGUCUCAAAGUACCUAGAUAUUGUUUAUUUGGUGAUACAGUCAAUACAGCUGCUCGAAUGCAAACUACUAGCAUGCCUGGAAAAAUUCACGUAUCUGAAGCUACCAGAAAUUUACUUCCUGAUGAUAAAUAUAUCACCGAAUCUCGUGGAUUGAUCCCAGUCAAGGGGAAAGGUGAAAUGGAAACAUUUUGGAUCACUUGUAAAGAGGAUAAAGAUGCCAAAGCAGAAUAGUUACGAAAAUUGAUUCAUUAUUUAACGAUUUUGCUACCUCGUCUUAUACCAAAGGAUCAGUAUUAAAAGAACAAGUCCAUUUAUAAUGUAAUAUUUAAUUACUUAGUGCAUUUUUCAAAGUAGUGAUUUGUACAAUAAAUACUUAAUAACAUAAUGAGAUCAGAGAACGAAUAAAUAAGUAAAUAAAUUAAUUUGUAGUCUCUA